GUACCUCCCGCUGUGCGCAGGCGCAGCGGCCGUAUCCCCGGCGGCGGCGGCGGCGGCGGGGCGGGUGCCGGGCAGCGGGGCGGUGAUGGCGAUGGCGCUGGGCGAGGGCGGCGGCGGGAGCCGGCUGCGGCGGCAGCUGGAGUCGGGUGGCUUCGCGGCGGGGGAGUACGUGAAGCAGCUGUCGCAGCAGUCGGACGGGGACCGGGACCUGCAGGAGCACCGGCAGCGCAUCCAGGCGCUGAGCGAGGAGACGGCCCAGAGCCUGAAGCGCAACGUCUACCAGAACUACCGGCAGUUCAUCGAGACGGCGCGGGAGAUCAGCUACCUGGAGAGCGAGAUGUACCAGCUCAGCCACAUCCUCACCGAGCAGAAGGGCAUCAUGGAGGCCGUCACCCAGGCCCUGCUCCUCCAGGCUGACCGCGACGACCCCGCCCUGGGCGCCCGCCGCGCCGCCGCCGCCACCACCGACCCCUUCCUGCCCCUGUCGGCCAAGGAGGCCGCGGCCAGCGAGGAGGGGCGGCAGCGCACGCUCACCACCCUCCUGGAGAAGGUGGAGGGCUGCCGCGACCUCCUGCCUGAGAGCCCCGGCAAGUACCUGGUCUACAACGGCGACCUGGUGGAGUACGACGCCGACCACAUGGCCCAGAUCCAGCGGGUGCACGCCUUCCUCAUGAACGACUGCCUGCUCGUGGCCACCGCCCUGCCCAACCGCCGCGGCGCCUACCGCUACGAUGCCCUCUACCCCCUCGAUGGGCUGGCUGUGGUCAAUGUCAAGGACAACCCGCCCAUGAAGGACAUGUUCAAGCUGCUCAUGUUCCCCGAAAGCCGCAUCUUCCAGGCCGAGAAUGCCAAGAUCAAGAAGGAGUGGCUGGAGGUGCUGGAGGAGACCAAGCGCAACCGGGCCCUCAGCGAGAAGCGACGCCUGGAGCAGGAGGCCCUGCCCAGGCCUGCCCCGACACCCCCUGAAUCCACCAACCCCUUUGAAGAGGAUGAUGAGGAGGAAGAGCCUUCUGCUGAGGAGGAGGUGGUCGACCUCUCACUUGAGUGGAUCCAGGAGCUGCCAGAGGACUUGGACGUCUGCAUCGCUCAGCGGGACUUCGAGGGGGCGGUGGACCUCUUGGAUAAACUCAACGAGUACCUGGGGGACAAGCCUGUGAGCCAGCCCGUGAAGGAGCUGCGGGCCAAGGUGGAUGAGCGGGUCCGGCAGCUUACGGACGUGCUGGUGUUUGAGCUGUCUCCAGACCGCUCGUUGCGAGGAGGGCCACGGGCCACCCGCCGAGCUGUGUCCCAGCUCAUUCGCUUGGGCCAGUCCACCAAGGCCUGUGAGCUCUUCCUGAAGAACCGGGCGGCCGCAGUGCAGACAGCCAUCCGACAGCUGCGCAUCGAGGGUGCCACGCUGCUCUACAUCCACAAGCUCUGCCACGUCUUCUUCACCAGCCUUCUGGAGACGGCGAGGGAGUUUGAGACGGACUUCGCUGGUAACAACGGCUGCUACUCAGCCUUCGUUGUCUGGGCCCGCUCUUCCAUGCGGAUGUUUGUAGAUGCCUUCAGUAAGCAAGUAUUUGAUAGUAAAGAGAGCUUGUCGACUGCAGCAGAAUGUGUCAAGGUGGCUAAAGAGCACUGCAAGCAGCUUAGCGAGAUUGGACUGGAUCUCACCUUCAUCAUUCAUGCCCUUCUGGUGAAGGACAUCAAAGGUGCUUUACAGAGCUACAAGGAUAUCAUCAUCGAGGCCACCAAGCACCGCAACUCUGAGGAGAUGUGGAGAAAGAUGAACCUAAUGACUCCAGAGGCGCUGGGGAAACUCAGGGAAGAGAUGAGGAGCUGCGGGGUAGGCAAUUUUGACCAAUACACGGGCGAUGACUGCUGGGUCAACCUUAGCUAUACCGUAGUAGCUUUCACCAAGCAGACUAUGGCCUUCUUGGAGGAAGCAUUAAAGCUUUACUUUCCAGAGCUGCAUAUGGUUCUUUUGGAGAGUCUUGUGGAAAUCAUCCUGGUGGCUGUCCAGCAUGUUGAUUACAGUUUGCGGUGUGAACAGGACCCUGAGAAGAAAGCAUUCAUUAGGCAGAAUGCAUCCUUCCUGUAUGAAACUGUCCUUCCGGUUGUGGAAAAAAGAUUUGAGGAAGGAGUUGGAAAGCCAGCCAAGCAGCUACAGGAUCUGAGAAAUGCUUCAAGAUUGAUGCGUGUAAAUCCGGAAAGUACCACCUCUGUGGUGUGAAGUGACCUGACUGUUCUUAUGAACAGAGUGUGAAAGCACUUACUGAAAAUGUUGUACAUUGAAUCUAUGAACUAAAUGGGUUGGGUGUUUGGUUUUUUUUUGAGUCCCUGAAAAAUGCAGAAGUCUAACUGCUGCAUUUCAGAAGCUGAAGGCUCAAAAAUCAAAGCCUGCAAGCAUGCAAGGCUUUUCUUGGUGGAUGGCCGGUAGGGGAAGGAGAAGUAAGGUCGAGGUCACUUGUUGUUGGGCGACAUAUCCUGUAAGAAUGGCUUGUGUAGUGUUUGUGGCUUGGGAAAUACUAUAAUGUACAAUUUUUGGCCAAAUGUUUGUGGAAGUCUUAAAUAUACGUACACCAUAUGGCAGGAAAAGAUCACUUCUCAUCGUGUCACUGUAGGAAUUCUUGAAGGCAGUGUUCUGGUAGGAGGGGAAGUGCUGAAAUGCUCCCAGGGCGUGGUAUUCAGUGAGGCACAUCCACCGUCCAGCUGUGACUCAGCACUGCAGAUAAAAACCAUGGAUUUGCAGAGUCUGGUUUGUUUGGUAGCAGUGCAGACUCUUCAAUUUCUUCAACAUUCAAAUUCUCUUCACUCACUUCAGAGGCAGACCUAAAUUAAAAAUGGUUUUUGUAUAGGGUUUUGUGAUUGGGUGAAGGGGCUUCUGUUUAAUAAACUGACCUGUUGGCUUAAAUUACAGCUCUCUGAAAAUAAACCGUCUGCUGUCAGAAACAUUUGUUCCCUUCGGAGAAGAAGUGAGAAUAACUUUCUUCCCUUCCCUUUUGUGUUCCCCUUGUUUUCUCAUGGACUCCAUUGGGGUCAAGACCAUUUGAUGAAGUACGUGCUCUUGCUUGAGGUGCUGUCGUAAAUGCAUUAUGGGCUAUUACCUACUGGUAGAAACCAUAGAGAAGAGGCAUAAAUGCUCUUGAAAUGGGCAGGGCAGGGAGAGAGUCUGAUGGUACUGUUUCAUUUGGAGGAAACAGAAUGCUAGUUUUGCUGUACGAAAGCAGCACGAGAUGAAGAGACUGGGUGUGAGGCUUUUUGUCAGUGAUGCGAUCUUCAAAAUACACACUGUCUCUCCUGCAAAUAUUAGUAUCAUCUCCUGUACUACAGCAAUAACCAAGAAGAUCUGUUGCAGAAAACACAAGGGCUGUAUUUGGUUGGGAACUCUCUUGUAGGUGGGGGAAGUUUAUGCAAAUGCUUGGUUGGAUUGAAGGCGAUGGCUAUCUCAUUCAGUAUGUGUCUCUGAAAAUAAAAUAAGCCAAGUCUUAUGUAAAGGCUGGCUUUAGAAAGCUGUCAGCAUCAUCUUCUAAGCUGCGUAAACUUCUUCCCCUUUAGUGCAGGCUUCCUCAAUAAUGAAAAAAUCGCGUUACAGCUAAGUAACCUUUUUAUUAGACUUUCAAUAAGUGUUCCUAACUGGAAUAAUUGAGUAUCCUAUUCCUCUUGCGCUUUCAAAUGAAAGCUUUUGCAAUUUGUGUCAUGUUAAUGAAUGCCCUGUGACUGCCUGAGCAAACAGGAGAUGUCGCCAGUAAAACAUUCUGCAUAACUGCUAAUACUGGAGCUUCAUUUCUCCCAGUUUUUACUUUAGUGGCUAGUAUUCUUCCUCUUGCUCUUUGGAUGCCUUUCGAACUGUCAGAUUUUGCAAAACAUGCUACAGUCUCUGCUCGCUUGCUCUCCAGCAUUUGAGCCUUUUGCUAGGAAAUCACAGAAAAAAGGUGUACAAAAAUGGUUUUAAAGGGUAACACGGUGCUCUUCGCUAAAACCGAUUGAAGGCCAGUUUUAUUUUAAGGUACAGGGACAGUGAGAAUUAGAUCUUGUGUGAACACAUUAUCUCCAAGAGGGAGCCGCGCAGGUGUCAUGUCACUAGUGAACCAUCUUUGAUACCAGAACCUAGUGAUGUACUUCGACGUAAUAUAUUCUCUGUCAUCUGUUUAAAGCGGGCAAAGGUACCAACCUGGCCUUAUGCAAUUUGAGAAAUAUUUUCAAGUGGAUUAUAAGUGAGAGCUCUCCAUGAUGACGGGUAUUUCGGAGAGGGAGAAGGGAGGGCUUUUUUUCUCUGAAGACAGGUAUAUUUUAUAGUUUUUACAGCAGAAGAGAGUAUCUUGUGAGUGCAGAAUAAGUACAGAUGAGCCUUAUGUAAUUUUUGGGUUUUUUUGCCUUGCCUUGCAAAGGAAGGGUAGGCUGUGCAACUGCAGCUCAAGACUCUGAUUAUUGUGAAGCUUGAGGAUUUUCUGCCAGAAGCAGAAAUUCCCAAUUCCCAAUUCCCAGCUCUGGCAUAAGAUUGAAUAGGAGGAGCGCCCUAUUCAUGCUUCCAUUUCAAGCUGGUGUAGCACAUCUUGGCCUCAUCAGAGGAUGAAAUGUAGACUAAUUCUGCCAUGUGCUCUGCUAAGCCCUGACACCAUUCCCUUCAUCAAUCUAUUUACGGCACGCAGGGCCUAGUGAUUUUGUCUGCCGUCAUCCAUGGAGACGUGGGCUUAUGUAGAUGUUGGUUUUAAUGGAUCAGGGAAUCUGGCCUUUCCUUUGGGUGAUCAGAUAUGAUGCUUGUGUGCCUGUCACAAUUCAAACAGGCAUGUGGGUUUGUGGGUAGCUGUAGGUGGCACUGAUACUUUGUAACUGGUGAAUCUAUUCAAGUCAUAAUAAAAGAAAAACAAUUACUUAAGGAAAAAGGUGUGCAAUUAAAUUAAACACGCUUUGUAUGUUAAUUCAGUUAAGAGAAAACAUUAACGUAUGCUGAGAGUCAUGGUUUAAUAAAUUUCAGAUUUGCAGACGGUCAUUUGGAAUGGCACUUCUCUUUUCCUGAGCUGUACGCUGGGGAUAGCGGUGUUCAAGUUGGGAUUUGCAGUAACUACUGAAUGAUACGAUAGCAGUUUUGUUGAUCUGGGGAGGAAGUAGUUGUAUUUUUUUGUUUGAGACAAUUGCAUAUAAAAUCUGGUUUCCUUUAGCUGCUGUGACACAAUUGUGAUGUGUAAAAUGAAGAUUUUAUUUUUAAUUCAGAUGAAUUUAUGUAUUAGAACUUAAUGCAAUAACUUUUCUGAACAGUGAGGACCGUGUAUUAAAACUUUUGGACAUACAACA